AUGAUACAGUCGGGAUUCAAACUCGCACCAAGUAGGAUGUUGGGACAGACGUCUUCUGGAGCCAUCACCUUCGCUUUGGUCUACUUGACGUUUUUCCUGGAUAAUGUUCUACUGACCGUCCUUGUUCCUAUAAUUCCGGAUUGGGUGAGAGGCGAGUCUUUGGAGCUAUGGUCACAUCACGAGACGCCUUUAGUCAAGUUAUUGAACAGUACCGUGAGACAAGUUACUGAUCAGGGUAAACUCGUGGGAACCUCUCAAGCUAUCGUAGGUGCUGUUCUUGGUUCGAAGGCAGCAGCUCAAUUAGCCACGGCGCCUGCAGCCGCUGCUCUAGUCAUGAACAAAGGACCUACUACAUGUCUUAGACUAGCUACGUCAAUACUUACGAUAUCCGCUCUCAUUUUUGGUGUUUGUGCUGGUAAUACUACCACUGGCGCGGUGUGUGCUGGGUUAGGGCGCGCCACACAGGGAGCGGGCGCGUCGCUGGCCGGGGUGGGAGGUCUAACGCUCGUGGCGCGCUGUCUGUCUGACGCGCACGGAGCUCUUGCUGCGUUAUUGGGAGCUGUUGCUCUUGGUGUUCUAGUCGGAUAUCCAUUCGGAGGCGCGGCAUACAAGCUAUGGAGUCCAGCCGCUCCAUUUCAAUUGAUCGCGUUUGUGCUUCUCAUAAAUCUUGCCCUUCAGUUCAUCUAUCUCAACAAAGACGAAUACGUAAUGAUUCCGUGUGUAUGUUCCGCGCCCUGUGUUUGCCCGUCUCCCGGUAACUCCUCGAGUAUCUCGUGUAUGUGUGUGGAGGCUCGUUCAGGCUCCACUGGUUGGUGCGCAGGCGCAGUGCUACUAACUACUAGUGUUAUGGCAGCUUUGGAGCCCUGUUUACCACUUUGGAUCAUGGAUAGAUUUCAUCCGCAACGUUGGGCUCUCGGCGCGGUGUUCAUCCCGGACAGCGCGGGCUACUUGUUGGCGAGUGUGUCUGGAGGGUGGUGGGUGUCGGUCGGUGUUGAGCGCGUGGCUGUGUCGGCAGUCGCGUCUGUGGGGCUCGCUGCACUCGUAUUACCACACGCUCCAUCGGUGAGUUGGUUAUCGCUCCCUCAACUGUUAUCUGGUCUUGGUCUCGGCGCGGCGGACGCGGCCCUAGUCCCUUGUCUCCUUGCUAGGGCUCCGCCCGCCGUCCUAGCUGCGAGGGCAGCGCUGCUACAAGCCGCUUCGAGCGCUGCUUACGCCAUAGGACCAGUUGUAGGCGGAUUAUUUUCUUGGGUGGCGGGAUUCGAGAGCGCCAUGAUGGUUUUAGGAGCCGCUAACUUAAUAUACGCUGUGCUUCUGUACCGAAUGCUACGCAAAUAUCCGAUAUCUACUCAGUGGGGUGCUUGCGAAUCUUCUGAAGAAACUGAUUUAGAAGGAGAAGAAAUGACUCCGCUGAAGACAGUCAUACCAGCCCGGUGA